UGCACCUAGUGGACUGAUUUUGACAGCCGCUUUUCACAGUUUCACAAAUUUUUGCCACAAAGUAAUAAUAAAAUUUAUAAUUUUCCUUUUCAAUUUUUUAUCACAAAAAAAUAUAAAUCGAUUGUGCAAAAACAUUACCAAACAUCAAAUAACACCACCACACAAUGGAACAAACGAAUAUCAGUGAUGCUGAAAAAGUGAGAAUCGUGUCGGAUUUUAUUCUUCAUGCACCGCCUGGAGAAUUCAAUGAAGUGUUCAACGAUGUCCGUGAGUUGCUCAAGAAUGAUGGACUCCUUAAAGAAGGUGCUAGUUCAGCUUUUGCUCAGUAUAAUAAAGAUCAGCUGACACCAGUUAGGAUUGAAGGAAGCGAUCAUAAUGCUGUUAUAUCGGAACACAAUGAUUUGGGAAGUGGACGCUUCUAUGAUCCACGCACCAAGCAAUCGUUUAAAUACGACCAUUUGCGAAAAGAAGCCACUGACUACCAAAACUUAGAAAGCGAUGCAUUUGCAGAGGCAUGGCGUUCGGCUCUCGAUAUUGAAGCUAUUGCAUAUACUUCCAACCACUACAGGCACGGUGUCUGCUCCGUGUUUGGAAAGUCACAAGGUGGCCAAAUAACAUUAACCAUCUGUAUUGAAGACCAUCAAUUUCAGCCGAAAAACUACUGGAAUGGACGAUGGCGAUCUCAGUGGCAUGUAAGUUUUCAGCCAGGCAGUGGUAGUGCGGAACUUAAAGGUGUCUUAAAAGUGCAGGUACAUUACUACGAAGAUGGUAACGUACAGUUAGUGUCAUCGAAAGAGUGCCGUGAUGCUCUCAUAGUAACUAAUGAACAACAAACAGCCAGAGAGAUAAUUCGACUAAUUGAAGAAGCCGAAAACGAAUACCAACUGGCAAUAUCCGAGAACUACCAAACAAUGUCGGACACAACAUUCAAGGCUAUGCGCCGACAACUUCCAAUCACCCGAACUAAAAUUGAUUGGACCAAAAUCGUGUCGUAUACUAUUGGUAAAGAACUGAAAACGCAAUAAGGCAUUUAUAUAAAAAAAAAACAAUUAUUGUUCAUUUUUCUUUAAACGAAACAAAAACAAAACAAAAAAAAACCUAUUAAAACAAAACAAAAUAAAGAAAAUUUAUCAACUUAUAUAUAUACUUUGUUGUGCAAAUAGUGGCUGGCUUAUACAAAAGCAGAAAGUAUUUCAAAAAGUAUGCCGUUCAAAACAAAAUUGUAUUAAAUUAAUAAACAUUUUAUAUUUAGUUUUCUCGGUUUUGUAUUAAAUUAUUUUAUAUAUAUUUUCUACAACCCAAACACGAUUCCGUAUAUGUAGUAGGUUACUCUCUAUCUCCAUUGGUUAUAAUUUUUUAUUAACUUUUUUUUUUUUUUUUUUAUUUACAAACAUUUGGAUUCGUUAAAAAGUAUAACUAUAUAAAUUUUUAUAAAUAUAUAUUUUUAUCAGUAGAUAAUAAAGUAAUUCUUCAUACAACAAAUCAAUUUAAUAAAAAGCAAAAUUUAUUUACA